UCAGAAGCAUAUGACAGUUAUCGCUGUGGAGCAACAUCCUAUGUAAAGAAUCGGACGAUAUUUGGAGUAUACCUAUUCGCCAAAUCCGACCCCAUCCUGCCUUAAAACAAGGGAAAAUGAUAUUGAAAAUAUCCAGAUCAUAAACUUCACAUUCGUGGCUUUCCGGAAAUAUCGAUAUUGUGAUGGUUUAAGGAUUUAAACCAUUAAAACGGAAUGGUGAAAGUUGGACGGCCACAGAAGAGACUGAGACUAGGAUCUGGAGAGGAGGGGGAGUGUGAAUAAAGGGGUCGGUUGUAACCCAAUUCAGUAAGGUGAAACAUUUGAAGAGGUAACCGAGCAUAUAGUUCAUUCUUUGCGAGAUAACAUUAAUUUACAAGGGACAAACUAAGCUAUAGACGAAAAAAGUCAACAUCAAAAUGGAGUUGAGAGUAGGAAACCGAUACAGACUGGGUAGAAAAAUCGGAAGCGGAUCCUUCGGAGACAUCUAUUUGGGCACUGAUAUUUCUGUGGGUGAGGAGGUUGCCAUCAAGCUAGAAUGUGUGAAGACCAAGCACCCCCAGCUCCAUAUCGAGAGCAAGAUCUACAAGAUGAUGCAAGGAGGAGUGGGCAUCCCCAUAAUCAAGUGGUGCGGCGCGGAGGGCGACUACAACGUGAUGGUGAUGGAGCUGCUGGGGCCCAGUCUGGAGGACCUGUUCAACUUCUGCUCCCGCAAGUUCAGCCUCAAAACGGUCCUGCUGCUGGCGGACCAGAUGAUCAGCAGGAUUGAGUACAUCCACUCCAAGAACUUCAUCCACCGGGAUGUGAAGCCCGACAACUUCCUGAUGGGUCUCGGCAAGAAGGGCAACCUGGUCUACAUCAUCGACUUCGGCCUGGCCAAGAAGUACCGCGACGCCCGCACACACCAGCACAUCCCCUACCGCGAGAACAAGAACCUGACCGGCACCGCCCGCUACGCCUCCAUCAACACACAUCUGGGGAUAGAGCAGUCCCGUCGUGACGACCUGGAGUCCCUGGGCUACGUCCUCAUGUACUUCAACCUGGGCUCCCUGCCCUGGCAGGGCCUCAAGGCCGCCACCAAGAGGCAGAAGUACGAGCGCAUCAGCGAGAAGAAGAUGUCCACGCCCAUCGAGAUCCUGUGCAAAGGCUACCCCUCCGAGUUUGCCACCUACCUGAACUUCUGUCGCUCCCUGCGUUUCGACGACAAGCCAGACUACUCGUACCUGCGGCAGCUGUUCAGGAACCUGUUCCACCGCCAGGGCUUCUCCUACGACUACGUGUUUGACUGGAACAUGCUCAAGUUUGGAGCUAAUCGCGCUGCGGAGGAGGCGGAGCGAGAGCGGCGUGACCGAGAGGACCGGCUGAGGCACGGCAGGACCCCGGGCGCCCGGGGGAUCCCCGCUGCUCCCGGGAGGCCCCGGGGUCCACAGGAGGCCGGAGCACCCCCCACGCCCCUCACGCCCACCUCACACACCGCGAACACAUCCCCGCGCCAGGUGUCCGGCAUGGAACGCGAGAGGAAGGUCAGCAUGAGGCUCCACCGCGGGGCGCCCGUCAAUGUGUCCUCUUCCGACCUGACGGGGCGGCAGGACGCCUCCCGCAUGUCCACCUCACAGAUGGUGGCCGGUGUGACUCCUGGUGGCCUCCACUCUUUAGCUCCGCGAUGAGCCCCCCACACACCCCCACCCCCCCACCCGCUCUGCAAGCGGACCACACCCUGCUCAUGUAGCAGCAAUCAGACGACACACAAAUAUACUGCUACUGCUAACUCCAGCUCUCAUUUGAAGCCAGCUGCUGACUCGGCACAAUGUCUGUCUAUGAUCUAUUUCUUGGCCUCGUGUUCCCCCCCUCCACCCCACCACCCCUGCUUUUCAGAUAUUCCUGCCUCCUCUUUGAAUAGAUCACAGCCUGCCGUCUCCACCCCCCCCUCACUGUCGGGGGUCUUGGUUGCCAGACCUAGAGCGGCAAACAUUUUGAUAAAAUAUAUUGAGGACGUAAAGGACUGCUCUCAUGUGUCCACUUUUACUAUCGGGGGAACC